UCAAGUCGUGUGAUUUACCUUACGUUGAGUGUUCAUGUUCAGCGCGGAGCUGAAUGCGGAGAGAUUGUCAUUUCAUUACCAUUCGAAUUAGUGAAUGGGAGCCCAGUGACUAUUUACGUUUGAGUGACAAUUCAAGCUCGGGUGUGGGCAAUGGCCAACAGCAUUGGUAAUGGAGAAUUCGAUGCUCCCGAGGAGAUGUUGCGACGACACAGUUUGAGAAAAAUACUGAAGAGUGAGUUGAUGACCGCUAAAGCUAGCGAUGAUGAGCCGAUGUUGACGCAAGAGGAUCUGGCACCAGAGGGUGGCUGGGGGUGGAUGGUUGCGGUGGGAAUGACAGUCACUUUUACAGUGAUGUUCAGUACUGUUCCCUGUAUUCCCAUAAUGUUCGGAGAAUUGUUGGAGUCAAGUGGCUCCCCUGGAGCAUGGAUGACAAUCCUCAACAUGAUAUGGACAAUAAGCUGGUCAUUAUCAGGGCUCUGCACAAACGUAUUACUGAAAAAAUUCCCAAUGCGUUUGAUUGGUAUCUCCGGUGCUCUGGUAUUCUCCGUUUUUUCAACGAUCCCCGCUGUGGUAGUGGAUGUUUAUCAGUUGGGAAUUACCUUCUUUGCUCAGGGUAUUGGCUUAGGCAUUAUGGCUACGAUCUGUCAGUCAAAUUUCAACGCAUAUUUUGUCAAGAGACGAGCCACCGUGAUGAGCGCCAGCCAAAUUAUUAUGAGCUUGUUUGGCGUUCUGUAUCCCAUCAUGAUUGGGGAAAUGAUGCCAGUCUUUGGGUAUCGAGGCACAAUAGCUCUAGCCGGUGCCAUAAGUUUUCACAGCGUUUUCGGAAUGAUGCUAAUGCAUCCCGUUGAAUGGUACCUCAGGGAUCCUAAUGAGGUCCUUGCCGAGAGGCGAGCGGAAAUGCGGAAAAAAUCCUCCCACGAAAAAACUCCAGUGAGGGAAUCCUCUAGAGACAUUGAAAUUAAUGCAAAAGCUUCAAUGAUUGACGAGAAGAAAUUAAGCACUGAACACAGCCGAUGGAGCAGUCUCGGAAAUCUUCCGGAAGGCUCAAGGAAUCACACAGUUCUCGCUGAUACCUUGAAGGCAAAAGUUGCAUCGAGUUCUGAUGUUGCACUGAUAAGAGACCCCAGGUCACGAGUAAACUCGAUCUCGAGAACGUCAAUGCGGGGACCCUCAGUCCUCUCAUCCCCCAGUUCUAGCAUAGGCAACCUUGGGGUUGCACUGGCGGAAAUGCAGUUGCGAAAGAAACAUUCGGUGAAAACUGCGACUGGUUUUCAGACCGAAAAGGCUGGAGCGAUGGUCAAAGAGAAGGAGUGUCUGAUUGCCGAGACGAAUGGGAGGGUCCAAUAUCAAGGAGACCAGGGAUUUAUAGAAACGAUGCUCGACCUGUUUGACUUUUCGAUCCUGAAAGACUGUACCUUCAUCAUUAUGUGUUUGGGCCUGAGUUGUGCCAUCUCUAGCGACAUAAUAUUCUCCUCAUUGUUGCCCUUGGCAAUGUUCAACAGAGGAUACACAACUGGGGAUGCUUCAUAUGUUGUGGCCAUCUCUUGCGCCGCUGAGUUGGUUGCUAAAAUUGUUCUAACGAUAAUGACGAUUUUCAUCAAAUGCAGGGCUAAAAUAUUAGUGUUUUUAGCCAUGAUAGCUAUGGCAGUCGUUAAAAUUGCGUAUUUCAACCUAGAGUCAACCCUAAUGGGGAUCAUGGUGUCUAUGGCGCUAAUUGGAGCUGUUAGGGUUUUUAUAUUUGUUCCUCAAUCACUAGUAGUAGUUGAAAAUUAUCCUGUUCACAAAUAUGCCGCUUGCUAUGGAAUCUACUCGCUGGUCAGUGGAGUGACAUUUGUUAUAACAAAUCCCAUUUUCGGUAUCAUCAAGGACUCGACGGGCAGUUUUGCCGUAUGCCAGCUGGCUCUAAUAGCCCUGAAUUGUGCGUUUAUUCUCCCAUGGGGAAUAGAAUUGGCAGCUUACUAUCGGAAUAAAAGAAAACAAGAGAAACCCAAUUCCGUAAUCUAACAUUAAGAAUUUAUUAUUUUCAAUCAUGAACAUUUACAUAGAAGUCGUGGUUUUUGCUCGUGGCUCGAUCCAGAUUGGAAAGCCAUCUGCGCGUUUGAGGAUUAUGUCCAAUUGUAGCCGGAAAUCCGCUUCAGUCAGAUCGGAGAGAAUUUUGUAGUGUCUCAGUAUUGUAGAGAGGAGUACUUUCAGCUUCAACAUUGCGUAUUUACGAC